AAUAUGCCAAUAAGAAUGUUAACACAGGGUACCCUGCAAAAUGUCAACAUAUGAAUGCUCAAGACUAAUUGUUAACCCUGGGUAAAUUAUGAGCAGUGUGAAACGUGAAGCAAGAUAACCGAGAAUUCUGUUUACACAGGGUUUAGAAUAACCCAGGGAUAACUAUUUGAACCCUUAAAAAAUUGAGGAACUAAACUAGAAACAGGUAAGCAUAAUCAGUAAUCAAGGAAACUGGUAUAAACAUAUGACAAUUAAUUAACAUGAAACGUGAACACAGAAACAAUGAAGCAGAAUACAAAAAGAGUGUGGGGCAAAGUAGAAGAAAUUCUUACAAAAAUAGAAACAACAGAGUGAAACUGAUAUUCUGAUUUCUCUGUGGUUUAGGCGCCUUCUUUAAUAUCAUGCGUUUAUUGGAUUUUAUCAUCCACCAGGGGAAAACUGUUGGUCUGAUAACUGAAAAGUAUCAACUCUCAACAAGCCAUUCAAUUUAAACAUAGCUAAUAAAUUCACAUUGAGAACAUUUACAUUUUCAAUUCACUUAACCUGAAGUUAACUUUUGAUCAGCGCCCCCUCCUUUGUUUCCACUUCAACCUCUGAUGAGGUGUACAGAAACACCUGUCUGAAACACAUUCAUGUUAGACAAAGGGAAAACAUUCAUGUAAUGAAAGAACUGUAAAUCUGGACACAAUUUGGCUUUCUGCCCCGCAGUAUAAGUAUUAAUUAGUAUGAAGUAUUACUGCAGUUUUCAAGUAUGUCUUGCUUCUGUGUAACUCUUAUUCUAUAAGGGUCUGUCUGAGACUGACAUCUAGUGGAUUUUUUGUUAUGCGACAUUACAGACUUGCAGGCAAACCAGUUUUACACGUCAUUGAAACACAGCACCAGGAAACAGGAAAUUUGUUUAAGGAAGGAAUCUUAAGUGUAUUUGAGCUGCUGUAUGUUCGUCUGUUUCACUGUAUAUAUUCAGUAACAUGGCAGAAGCCAGAAUUUCAGUGGAUCAAAAUGAGUUUAUCUGUCCAGUGUGUUUGGAACUCCUGAAAGAUCCAGUUGCCAUUCCCUGUGGACACAGUUAUUGUAAAAGCUGUAUUGAAGGCUGCUGGGAUCAGGAGGAUCAGAUGAGAGUCUACAGCUGUCCUCAGUGCAGACAGACCUUCAGUCCAAGACCUUCUUUAGGUAAAAACACCAUCCUAGCUGAAGUGGUGGAGAAACUAAAGACAACUAAACUUCCUGCUGACUGUUACGCUGGAGCUGAAGAUGUGCAGUGUGAUGUCUGUACUGGAAGAAAAUACAAAGCCAUAAAGUCCUGUCUGGUGUGUCUAAACUCUUAUUGUCAAACUCAUCUUGAACAACAUGAGAGUUUCUUUAAAGAAAAGAAACACAAUUUGACUGAUGCCACUGGACGACUGCAGGAGAUGAUCUGCUGUGAACAUGAUAAACAGCUGGACAUGUACUGUAUUACUGACCAACAAUGCAUUUGUGUACUGUGUACAAAAUAUGAGCAUAAAAACCACAACAUUGCAUCAGCUGCAGCACAGAGGACAGAGAAACAGAAACAGUUAAAGGAGAUGCAGAGAACCUUCCAUCGGAGAAUCCAGCAGAGAAAGAAAGAUCUUAAGCAGCUGAGAGAGGAUGUAGAGUCUCAUAAGCGCUCUGCAAAGACAGCAGUGGAGGACAGUGAGAGGAUCUUUACUCAGCUCAUACGCUCUAUUGAGAAAAUCCGCUCUGAGGUCACACAGCAGAUCAGAGAUCAGGAAAUGGCUGCAGUGAGUCGAGCUGAAGGACGAUUGGAGCAACUGGAGCAGGAGAUUGCUGAUCUUAAGAGGAGAGACUCUGAUCUGGAACAGCUUUCACAGACACAGAAUCACAUUCAUUUCCUGCAGAGUUUCCGGUCUCUCUCAGCACCUCUUGAAUCUACAGAUGUACCCAUAAUUCCCUUCAGUUCUCUCUUUUCCUUUGAUGGUGUGAGAAAAUCCAUCUGUCAUCUGAGGGACAAACUGGAGGAUGUCUUCAAGGAGGAAAUAAAAAAUAUCUCUGAAAGAGUCACUUCCACCAACAUGAUUCCCUGGACCAGGAAUGACUUCCUUCAGUAUUCCCAUCAGCUCACUCUGGAUACAAACACAGUAAAUCAAUUCUUCUGUCUGUCUGAGAAUAAUAGAGUGAUCACAGUUACUGACACAGAGCAGCCGUAUCCUGAUCAUCCAGACAGAUUUGAUGUGUGUCAGGUGUUGUGUAGAGCGAGUGUGUGUGGACGCAGUUACUGGGAGACUGAGUGGAGUGGGAUGUGUGUGUGUCUAUCAGUCUCAUAUAAGAGCAUCAGCAGGAAGGGAGAGGGUAAUGAGUGUGUGUUUGGAGGUAAUGAUCAGUCUUGGAGUUUGUUCUGCUCUCCCUCCAGAUGCUCGUUCAUGCACAAUAACUCAAGGACUGUUCUCCCUGUAGUGUCCAGCCGUAGAAUAGGGGUGUAUGUGGAUCACAAUGCAGGAACUCUGACCUUCUACAGCGUUUCUGACACAAUGAGCCUCAUACACUCAGUCCAGACCACAUUCACUCAGCCGCUCUAUCCGGGAUUUUGGGUUUAUUAUGGAUCAUCAGUGAAACUGUGUGAUAUAGCAGAAUAGAUUCUAUAGGGACUGUGCCCAUAAUAUUAUAAGCUGCCUGAUAAAACAGUAACAGUGAGAUUAUAGAGUCACUAUUUUUCUCCUCAUUAUAUUAAUACUACAGCCGAGUUUUUGUCACUAAAAUUACAUUUCAAAAUAGCAUAAAUGUGUGUAAUAAAUUCUCAUGCAGAC